GGAUUAUUAGACUAGUUCAUUUUAACGGAUGUGGAAAGAUUACGAGCCAGCAGGAGUAACACAUUCACACUUCAUCGUGACUCCGUUAAAGACAGGAACUCCAAACUACAACAAAUAAGCCAUUUUCUAUGAUGAGGCACCUUGCUGACACAACAAAGAGCACACCCAAACAGGAGACACCCACUGCUGUUGAAGGCAACCAGGCUCCAUCGCUUCCAUGGAGCGCCCGCUUAUGUCUCCCUGUGCUCUGUGAGGAUAAAAGGGUGAUAUGGGUUCAUGCAAACGAGGUGGACAUGCAGCCAGAUGAGGUGGAGGAGCUGAACAAGGCCUUCAGCAGGUCCCCCUAUCUAACACCCAAACAGACUGCUGCUCUAGCUCAGCGCUGCUCCCUCCAUCCAGACCAGGUGAGGGUUUGGUUUAUGGCCCAGAGGCUCCUCUGUGGGAUCAGCUGGGAUUAUGAGGACAUCAGAGAGGUCUGUAACAAUUUAAUAUCCAACAAUGAUGAUGCUGAAGAAGAUCAGGAGCUCACAGACAGGUUUAUUGACAAAGAAGUGAAGAACAAGGAUCAGAAGAGCGAAGGAAGAGAGUGUGGAGGAGAGGUAAACCGGAACGGACCAAGAAAGCAGAAAAGGGGAAGGAAAAGAAGUAAAAAACAAGAUGAUGAGAGGAUCACUAAUGGAGCCAAGAUGGAACCAGUUCUCACCAAGAAGAGAAGAGCACAGACCAAACUAGUCUCCAGUGGAACAGGGAGCCAGUCAGACCAACAGGAAGAAACCAUGAAUCCUGCUCCAACCUCUGGGACCAGACAGGAGGAGACCCAGGCAGCAGAGUCUCAGAGCAAUUUGAAGACAGAUGGUCAGCUGCUGCUGCUAAGGAACGCCUUCCUGCAGUGCCAGUAUCCAACCGCUGAGCAGUACAGCUUGCUGACAAAGCUGGUCGGCAUACAGAGACAAAUAUUGGUCAAGUGGUUUGUGGACGCACGAUAUUAUGUUAAAAAGUACCGGCCAAGCUGGAUGACAGUGAAUCAACACAAGGAGGUGUCGGCUAACAUCAAGAACCAGCAAAACAAAACAUUUUAAAGAAACAGAACAGAGAAGCUGCUCAGGGAGUUGAGAGAGAAGCAGAGUAGCAACUGAUCGCUCUCCACGCAGACUUGUUACAAUAGUUUAUAAGAAGAUUGGUAAAAAUUUGUGAGAUUUUUUUCUGACGAGUUUUAGAAAAAGGAUUUUCAUUGUUUUGUUCUUUCCUUUCAAA